CCGAGUAGAGUGUCACGCGGGCGGUUCUGUUGCCUCUGUGGCAGCAGGUCCUCGCGGAGGGUUGAAAACAGCGGAGGAGCAGAGAGCUGAUGCUCAUUUACUGACCACUUCAAAGAAUCAAACCGCCGCACGUAUGUCUCAGUCCCGGGAGCCCGGUCCACAUGGAGAGGAGGAGGUGACGGGACAGGUGUGUCAGGAGGAUGACCUCCAAGAUGGACAAAUGAGAGAAGUCGCAGUGGCCGAUCAGAAGGUGUUGUUAGUCCGUAUCCAGGGUCAGUUCUAUGCCGUGGGAAGCCAGUGCUCUCAUUACAAUGCACCUCUGAUCAAAGGAGCAUUGGUGGGCGACAGAGUGAGAUGUCCGUUCCAUGGAGCUUGUUUCAGUGUUAAAACUGGAGAUAUUGAAGAGUAUCCAGGCCUGGACUGUUUGCCCAGCUAUAAGGUCAAGGUUGUGGAUGGUAACGUCUAUGUUUCCAUCAGCAAAAGCUCUCUGAAGUUGAGCAAGCGGGUGAAGGAGAUGUGCAGGAUGUCGCCAGACAUCAAACAAGUCGUCCUGCUGGUAGGAGGAGGUCCCGCCUCUUUAGUCUGUGCAGAGACGCUUCGUCAAAAUUGCUUCCAGGGCCGCAUCGUCAUCUUGACCAAGGACACUCUGGCUCCGUUCGACAAGCCCAAACUGAGCAAGGCCUUAAACGUGGACAGCGGCAGCAUCCUCCUGCGAUCUGCUGACUUUUAUCAACAGUACGGAAUUGAAGUGAGGACUCAGACAGAGGUGGUAUCUGUGAACUCUGAUGACAAGGUGGUGAAGAUGAGCGACGGCACCGUGCAGCAGUAUGAUCAGCUCCUCAUCUCAACAGGCUGCAGAGCGCGGCCGCUCAGCUGUCCCGGUUCUCACCUGAGAGGAGUAAAGUUACUGCAGAGCUACGAAGACGCCAAAGAGAUUCACGCCUCAUGUUUGGGCAAGAAAGCGGUCGUGGUCGGAGCGUCCUUCAUUGGCAUGGAGGUGGCCUCCUACCUGUCAGACAAAGCUGCCAGUGUGGCUCUGGUUGGUAAAACCGCCUUCCCUUAUGAACGUUCUCUGGGGCCGGAGAUCGGAAAGAUGAGCAUGCAGAUGCUGGAGGAGCAGAAUGUGAAGUUUUACAUGAGCGAUGAAGUUACUGAGAUCAGAGGAGAGGAUGGAAAGGUUAAGGAGGUGGUGUUGAAGGGCGGAGCCAUCCUGGAAGCCGACGUGGUGAUUGCUGGAAUAGGUGUAAUCCCCAAUUCAGACUUCCUGGCCGGGAGCAGGGUGGAAGUGGACUCAAAGAAAGCCGUGAUUGUUGACAAGUUCAUGAGGACCAGCGUAGCCGGUAUUUUCAGUGCGGGAGACGUGACGUCCUUCCCUCUGAGCAUCCGCGACGACCAGAGAGUUCACAUCGGCCACUGGCAGAUGUCCCAGGCUCAAGGCAGAGUCGCAGCUCUGAACAUGCUCAACAAGCCCACGAAAAUUGAGUCUGUCCCGUUUUUCUGGACCGUGCUGCUCGGGAAGAGCAUCAGAUACACAGGCUAUGGCGAAGGAUACACAGAGAUUAUUUUCAAAGGCUCAGUGGAAGACAGGAAGUUUCUGGCGUUCUAUAUAAAGGACGGGGUGGCGGUCGCUGCAGCCAGCCUGAUGUUUGACCCUGCUGUCGCUCGGAUCGCAGAGCUGAUGGCGAACGGACAGAUGGUGACAAAGGCCCAGGCGCAAGCUGCUGACCUGAGCUGGCUCCACAUGUAGGAGGACGUCUCCUCUCUUUUCACCCGUAAAGUGCCAAACCCGGUCGUCUCCGGCCUCCUGAGAACCAUCGGAGCCCCGCUCUGCUCCUAAUGAGGCGUGCUGCCGCUGCCAUGGCAGCAGAGAAGGCUUGAUCGAGUUUAUCGAGUCUGCUGAUCGUGACCUCUGAUCGCUCUGGAACGAGCACGACUGACAUGUCGGCUCUUCAUGUCAAACUAUAGCUGCCACUAUCAGGAUUGUUCACAGACGGUUGUUUUUAUGAGGCAAUAAAAAUGAUUUUACUCGACUAUAAGUAACAAUAAAUAUUAUCACUGCUUAUGUUUUUUUUCAUGCAGUUGCCACGACCUUAAACUUGACCCAUAUGCCAUACUCAUUAAUCUAAACGUUGUAAAAGAACAGUCUGUCUGUGUUAGAGCAUUUCUUUAUCUUCACUGAGUCAUGGUGAGAAACAUUCUGCCUCGUCUGCUCAUAAUUAACAGUUACUGACAUUAUGUCCAGCUUAAAACUUGAACGAAGUCAGAGAGAGUUUCUGAUUUUCCAUUCCCAGACUAUAAAAGCUUCUGUUACUUGUAUUUUUGUUUCCUUCAUUCCGUUUGUGAUGAUACGAGUCUGUUGUUAUAUGCUCUUACUUGUCUCUGAUGGAUUUUGAAUAAGGUUAAAGAGGUCAACAAAUGCAUUAAACAUUACAGAAAGCUA